AUGGUUGUCUAUGUUUCUUUUAGUACAAAGGAAGGAAUUGGGAUCGUUUCUGCGCCGCAAGUACAAUUCCCAUCGAAUCCAGUUGAGGCAAUGGAUAGACUUCUCGAGUACUCAUUUUUGAAAGCGUGCAAAAAGAUAAAGAAAUCCGAGCUUCCCAUUCUGAGUUCAAAUUUCUUCAAGAAUCAUCUAAUUCCCGCUUGCCCACCUAAUGAAUGUUUAGACAUGAAAAAAUCGACUUACAAAAAAUUGUCGGUCUUCCUAGCCAAAAUGAAGUCAACGAAAGUAAUCGACACGAUGAUAGCUAAAGGUGUUGAAAGUAUAGUAUACAUCCAGAGUGAAAACUCAUUAUUAAAAGAAUUGGUGAUAAACGAAGAGUCAGAAGAAUCAUCAGAAAGGCCUUCUAAUGCACCCGUUGUAGCUGAGUGCUAUAAGAUCACCGCUGACGUAAGUCCAAUUCUUUCAAAAUUUGGGUACGAAAAGGGUCAUAUCAUGAAGCGACCGGAGAUCCGAAAAUGUUUCAUGGAUUACGUGAAAAAGGAAAAUCUGCAGGAUGGCAAGUUGUUAAAAUUGAACCCUCAACUGGCUGGAAUGUUCAAGACUAAGGAAAAUGUUGUGACUUUGACAAUGGAGGAUGGAAUCAACAAAUUUAUUGGGCGUAUGACGCAUACGCAUGAAAUAACGGUUGCUGGCGCGACUGUUCUGCAUGUUGGAAAAUUAGAACCCAUCGAUAUUACUGUGACAACUCGAUGUAAUAAUAAAAAAGUCACCUUGGUUAAUAAUUUAGAACAAUUUGGUAUAAGGCUUGAUGAGUUUAGUAAAGAGUGUCAAGGUAUCGGUGCUAGUGCUACCGUCACAGAUGUCGCUGGGAAAAAGACGCCGAGUGUUCUUGUUCAAGGUAAUCAGGUGAUUCAUGUUUAUAAGUUAUUGAUGGAAAAUUACAGGAUAAAUAAGAAUUAUAUACGAGGAUUGGAGUUUGCUCCCAAGAAACGAAAAUGAUUCUUUUUCAUAUUGGAAUAAUUAUAAUAAGGUAGGUCAUAUAUGUUAUCAACGAUAAUUUGUUUGUCGAUUUUGAGAGGAAUUUAUAAAAAUAAAACGAAUAAAU